AUGCCUCUCAGCUACGAUCCGGAAUUUCUUAAGGAAGCAGCACCAGUGCUGCAACAGCUCGCACAGGCUGAGCGUGCGCCACUUCAUGAUGUCGCGACCAGACGAUCCAUGAUGGCCGCCUUGACGAGACCUUUGCCUGCAAUGCCCGAUGGCGUUGAGAAUCUCGUUCACCGAGUCCCCACUACCAAUGGUCACGAAGUGGCGGUCUAUCACUUCCGUCCGAUGCAAGAGCCUCGUGACGGUGGUGAACCGGCUAUCGUUCAUAUCCACGGCGGAGGAUACUUUUCACUGAGCGCCGAACAAUGCUCCGUGCCGCAUGUUGGGUCGGUACAACGAACCGGGGUGCAGAUCCUCACUAUCGAUUAUCGAUUGUCCCCAGAGCAUCCGUACCCCACACCCCUGAACGAUUGCUGGACAGCACUCGAAUGGGUUUAUGCAAACGCAGAGCGGCUAUCCAUCGAUCAUUCGCGCAUUGCACUCAUGGGCGAAAGUGCAGGCGGUGGGUUAGCGGCUGCCUUGACGCUUCGAGCUCGAGACCGUGCACUGUCGCCGCCGAUUGCGAAGCAGAUUCUGGUGUACCCGAUGUUGGACGAUCGGACAACGACCAAUCAUGCGGGUGAACUGGCAUUCUGGAACGAAGUGGACAACAUCACCGGAUGGACGGCAUACCUGGGUUCUGACGCAGGGUCCGACUGGAUCGACGCAUAUGCUGCGCCUGCUCGGGUUGAAAGCGUCGAAGGGCUUCCUCCGCUAUACAUAGACUGUCCACAGUUGGACAUUUUUGUACACGAAAGCUUGGAAUAUGCAAAACGCUUUGUGGAGGCUAAUAUCCCCACAGAAUGCCAUGUUUAUCCCGGCUGCCCACAUGGAUUUGAGGCAUUUGCGCCACUCUCGAAGGUGGUACAGCAGGCCAUUGCUAAUCGAGACAAGGCCGCGAUGAACUUUUGA